UAAUCCAAACUUUGAUGUACAACGAACUUCAUCUUUGCACGUCUGUGAUUCAACUGUCUUUUUUCAUAUGCACACAAACCGCGUCUUCUGUCGAAUUUUGAAUUUCGACCAAUCACGAGCCAUCAUUUUUGAGAUGAUGAUAAUUUUUGGCGAGCAGCAAUGAUUAAUUUUGAUUCUGUUGAAAAUCGAAAAAAAUGGUCACCAAGCAGAAAAAUCGAAGAAAUCAAAAGUGAUGAGGUGAAAAAUUUUGAGGAUGAUUUCGAUUCAGAAGAAAUGAGCGAGGAGGAUAUUUUUUCUGGUAACAUAACUGUGACAAUUAAGGACAAACCAGUUAUUGAAUCUAAAGAAGAAAUUUUAGAAAUUUUGAGAAAAUCAUUUGAAGCUCUCAAAAUUAAUGCUCAUGAAGGUCGACGACUUCAAGAGUUAAAGACAAAAAUUCAAGAAAAAAUUGCCACGAAACGAUUGCGAAGAUUUUUCAACGCCUGGCGAAAUAGAGUAAAAAAUUUGAAGGUCCUAGAAAAGAAGAAAAAGGAAACACGUGAAUUAUCGAACGAGAGAAAAAUUGAACUCUUCAUUAAUGCAAUUGUCGAGAAACAAAAGCAAUUGAAGAAAAUUCGUAAAUCAUCCACAUCAUCACCUUUAAUAAAAGCCGAACAACAAAAUCAACGUUGCAAUAGUGCUCCCGAGGAAUUAAUCGACAAUUUUGUUGCGACAAAAAAUAAUUAUCCCAAAAUAAUACAAAAUGGAGUUGAAAAAAAAAAUUCCCAAUCUAGAUUGCAAAUACAACGGAAAAUAAUUGAAGAGCAAAGAAUAAAAUUAAUGCAACAAAAUAAAAUUAUCGAAGAAAUGAAAUUAAAAGAAAUUGAUCGUGAAACAAGAAAAGCUCAUCGCGAAACAAUUGAUGCAACACGAGGUACUUUAAAUCUCUGCGAAAGGGGCACGAGAAGAUCAUUAAUUUCCCUCAUUAAGGAACAAGUUUACAGAAAUGAUUCCGUGGAUACUUUGCGAGUACCAGAAACGCCUGAUUUUUUGCUCAGAAUGGAAGCAAGAGCCAAUGCGCGAAGAGAACGUAACCGAAGAUCCGAAGAGGCUCGAGUGAAACGAAUCGAAGAGGAGCGAAAAAAAGAAGACGAGGCACGAAAAAAAGAUGAAAUCGAAAGAAAACGAUUACAAAACGAAGCACAGAAAGAGGCAAAAAGACUCCGUGAAGAACGAGAAGAAAAACGAAUACGCGACAUUGAAUUAAUAAAAUUAAACAACGAAAAAGCGGACAAUUUCUAUAGAAAUUUUCUUCUGAAUCGUUAUAUUUUUCAACCACUUCACAAACUUCUUCAAGAGAAAUAUAAUUUUCACAAAAAAGCUGUGAAUCAUUAUAACAAAAAACUUAUGAAAAAUUAUUUCUCCUCGUGGAAAUUAAAUAUUCAACAACAAUAUGCAAUUAAGGAGGAAUUAGCAAUUUCCAUAUACGAAAGAAAUUUAUUACUCUCGUCAUUUGAUAUGUGGCGAAAAUUCACUAAAAUUGAGAGACAAAAAUAUCACGUAGCCAGUGAUUUUUACGAUUUGAAAAUCCAAUCCAAAUGUUUCAAAUUAUUCCACAAAUUCACCAUUGAAUCAUCUGUAAUAAAAAAGAAAAAUGAACAGAUUGCUGAUAAUUACUUAAAUUUGAAAGUAAAAGAAAAAUAUUUUUACCUUUGGAUGAAAUUUCUUCAAAUUUCCGACGACAUUAAAGAAAGUGAUAAGCAAAAGCAAGAAUGGCGUGAAAUCAUUCAAAAAGUAAUUCCUGACUUUCAGCCUAAACAUCAACACAGCAAUGGAAACGAAGACUGAAGAAAAAAUCAUCUAAAAUAAUUAACAGAAAAUUAAUUUUAAUUUCUUGAAAAAUAUAAUUCAUCAUUUCGAAUUAUUAAU